AUGAUGAAAUAUACCGGACUCCUUGACGAAACCGCCCCACCUGUUCACAAACUUCCCCCGCGUUUUUGGAGAAAACGCCUCCUUCUUGGCCUCGGGCUGUCGCUGGCUAUGUGGUACACAACAGUCCACAAAGAAGAGCUUAUGUCUGCACUUGAACAGGAAGAGCCAUCUUUGGCAAACACCGCUGCUAGCUCGCGCUACGCUAUCAUAAUUGACGGCGACAGCACGGGAACGCGCCUACACAUCCACAACUUCUCUUCAUCAUUGCAAUACCGCUCUACCAUUUCUUACCAAACUGCCGUGGAGAACUCGCUUCAUGCCUACGCCGAACAGUCGAUGAAUGCGAAAGAGGCUUUCCAGCCGCUAAUACGAUAUGCAAUGGACGUCAUUCCGGCUGACCAACACGCUUGCACACCUCUUCUCAUGCGGGCUUCGUCUAGGAGUCUGCGCUCAUUGGGGCAACCACAGCGGGACAACCUGUUACAUUCUGUCGAGCGAAUACUGCAAAGCCGCUCUCCGUUCCCCGUAGCCCUGGGAAGUGUUGAGAUCAUGAAGCCAGGCGAAGACAUAAUGUUCAGCUGGGUCGCCGCGCGUCAUUUGCUCGAGGACUCCAACAUUGCCGUUCUUCUGCUCAGCGAGAGUGACACACAGCUCGUUUUCGAGCCUAGCAUGGGUUUUGACGACGACAAAUACCCUAUACGCCUCGGCAAUCGGACGCACGACCUCUAUCGUCGCAUCUUUGAGCACAAUGGUCUUCGCUCGCUGCGACAACAGGUCAACGAGCGGGUCGCUGCUCUAGUGGCCAUCUCUGGGACUCCAACGGCCGUAGUGAGCAAUCCGUGCAUUGCGAAAGACACGAGUGAACACAUGACGAUUCGCCUGGGCUCGCAAGACCGCCCGCAAGGAGACGAAUAUCUUAUGGACGGCACUACCAUUGGCGGAUAUGAUGCCUGCUCCACAGUUGUCGACGAUGUUCUCGCCAAGACCUUCCACAACGCCAAUAUCCUGCCCAUCGACCACCCGACUCCGAUUUGGCUGAAGCGACAAUUUACGGACCGUAUCGCGCCGCUCCUUGUGGACAAUGACCCAGAGCCUGAGCGGGGGCUGCAAGCCAUAACUGUUGACAAAAUUGCGUGGCUCGCGCGGGCGGUAUGUGCAGGGCCCGAAGUAUGGGCGGAUGUGUGGGGGGAGUCUGAGAUUGUGGACCGAUUGGCGCGCAUGCCGAGCUGGUGUUUGGAUUUGACGAUUAUUCAUCGGCUUUUGACGACGGGGUACAGGCUGGACGGGAGGAGGGAGGUGUUGGUGGGCCACGGCGUUGGAGACACCGCGAAAAGCCCGACUUGGACGAUUGGCGCGGCGGUUCAGCUCAUACAGAACACCGCCGCAAAUUACCUACUUUACCAAUAUUUUACCGUAUUUUCCUUCGUGCGUGACUCGAAUCACGAGACUGUGACUGAAGCUUUCUCUCAAAAAACGGCCAUGUCCGCGGCCUUCUUUUCACCGCAUGCUGCUACUCCGAGGCCAAACCCUCUCGCCUCUGCUCUUCGCGCUCGUCUACAUAGCAUCGACACUCAAUGUGCCGAAACACACGCCAAAAUUGCUCAGUUACGAACCCAUCUCAAAGUGCUCGCCCAAAGACGCAAGGAGGUUGCCAAAGAACUCAAGGAAAAGAUCGUGUUCCCUAUUCUAACCAUCCCCCCGGAAAUCACCAGCCAGAUUUUCUUCUACUAUGCGGAAUACCUGUACGAUGUAAUGGGCCUUUCACCAUUGGUUUUGACGCAUGUCUGUCAUGUGUGGCGGGACAUUGCUCUCUCAACUCCCAAGAUAUGGACGAUGAUACACAUGCCAGGAUUCGACGAUGAGACCUCCGGAUCCCUCCCUGCCGAACUGAUGCUACGCCGGUGCCUUGAACGGGCAGGCCCCUCUUCUCUCCGAAUCACCGCCCCAUUCUCUCCAGCCCCACGCUUGUUUUCGCUGCUCACCGUAUAUUCCAACCAAAUUGCCUCCUUAAGCUGUCACAUUCCGCUCCCCGACAACUGCUCGCUUGAUGGGAUUUCCGGAUGCCUCUCGCGUAUGACCCACCUCGAUCUAACUAUCAGGCAGCAACAUGCGCCGAUCACCAUCUUCUCUAAUGCGCCGUCCCUCCGUCGACUGACGAUGUGUUAUAUGACCCAAAGCCCUGGUCAGGUCGAUCUUCCAUGGGAGCAACUUGUCGAGGUCACCAUACAGAACGUUGACUUCAACCCCGACGUGCUGGAUUUGGUUGCCAAGAUGAGCCGACUCGAGGUUUUGACGAUUCCAUGUGCCCCAUACAGAACGAUGGCACACCGCUCGGUCGUGCUCCCUCGAUUGAGGGAACUGGAUUGCUCCGCUUUCGUAUCGUCGAAUAGUACCGAUUUCCUACGUUCCUUCAAAUGUCCGCAUCUAGAAACAUUCAACAUCAACUUCGAGAACCAUGACGGCGCAGGGAACGCAGUCCAACAUUUCUUAAGUUCUGGAAACUCUCUUCGUCAUCUUAUGCUGAGCAGGGUAACCACUGAAAUCGCCUUCAAACUAUUUCGAUACACGCCCACGGUCGAAAAACUUAGUAUCGCAGACUCGCAGCAGAUGGAAUUGCUUUGGCACAAUCUCGCAUUCUCUACUAGGCGAAUCGGAAAUCCUCUGCCUGCACUGAAGGAGCUUGAGGUGGAGGUGCCUCGGGUAGACAUACCGUACAGAAGUAUUGUGUCGCUGAUACACCCGCGAGCUUGCCAUCUGGAGCUAUCGGACAUACAGCGCAUUAGUUUCAAUAUGCCUUUUCGUGGCUUCGGCUCAAUUUCGACUCGGAUACAACAAUUUGCGGCGGAACCAGAAAAUGGGAGGAUUGGUGGGUGUAAGAUAGAGCUAUCUGGUCUUGCGAGGCUCGCCCUUGGUGCAGUGUCUCAUGAACAAUUUCCACUUUAUUCACUGGCGGAUGUCGACAAUGAAUCGUAG